AUGAUUGAAAAAACCCUCUCAACUUUUCACCCCAACACUAUGAUCCUGGCUCAACAAUAUAGGGAGCGGAAUUUUCGGAAAUAUGGCGAGUUGAUAUCUCUCCUUCUUGUGGCUGAAAAGAAUAACGAGUUGCUACUGAAAAAUCAUCAGAUACGUCCCACAGGCUCUGCCCAGUUACCUGAAGUACAUAACACGUCAUUCCUGAAGAAUGAACGUGGGAAAGGGCAUAGAGGAGGACGAGGUUAUGGACGAAACCGUGGACGUGGAAAUUUCCGUGGUCGGUUUCGCAAUCAAUAUCAUUCUGGCCAUCUGAAGUGGCAACGUGAUGGUUACAACAAGUGCCAACGUGAAGUGUCAAACAAAAGAAAGGCACCCCAAGAAGGAGAGAAACGAGACAUAUGUCAUUGGUGUGGAACUGAGGGACACUGGCAACGUACUUGUCGCACACCCAAACAUCUUGUUGAUCUCUACGAGUCGUUCAAAAGGAAUACUGGAAAGAGAGUGGAAACAAACUUUGCUAAUUAUAAUCUAGUUAAUGAACCAGUCAAUAAGGCCUCAAAUGAAAAAGAUAGUGGUGCUAAUCUUUAUUAUGGUUUAGACGACUAG